AUGGUGGCAUGCCCGAUCUGCGGCAAAUCCGUCAAACAAACCACCAUCAAUGACCACAUCGAUUCCAACUGUACAGAGUACAUCGAGAAUGAGAGCAGUGUAUCUACACCUGGGGCGGUCAAGUUCUUCAAAACACCUGUCGCCAAACGCGAUGCAUUCUCCUUCUUUUCGUCCUCCCAACCCAUGCCCUCCCCGAGCGAUCCUCGUCCGUCCCCGUCAGCAGCAGUAGCCGCGGUAAAACGACCAUUCGAGACCACUUCGACAGGGCAACUUCCAAAUGGGCUUAAGGCGGAAAGCAAUGAGGAGGCGGGACAAUCUCACAAUGCCUCGGAAGCAGUUGCACCUCCAACCAAAAAGCCCAAACACAAUCCGUUCGAAAAGGCUGCUCCGCUGGCAGAACGUAUGCGCCCUAAAACGCUUGAUGAAGUGUGCGGACAGGACCUGGUCGGCCGGGACGGCGUGCUACGGGGCUUGAUUGAACAAGACCGCGUUCCCAGCAUGAUUCUCUGGGGUGCCGCGGGCACAGGCAAGACGACCAUUGCGCGGGUUAUUGCUGGCAUGGUGGGCUCACGCUUCGUUGAAAUUAACAGCACAUCCUCCGGGGUGGCGGAGUGUAAGAAGAUAUUCGCGGAAGCCAAAAGUGAGCUGGCCCUCACCGGCCGCAAGACCAUUAUAUUCUGCGACGAGAUUCAUCGAUUUAGCAAGAGCCAGCAAGAUGUCUUUCUCGGUCCCGUCGAGGCCGGACAUGUCACACUGAUCGGCGCCACGACCGAGAAUCCCAGCUUUAAAGUCCAGAACGCUCUUCUGUCGAGAUGUCGGACGUUUACCUUGCAGAAACUCACCGACCAGAAUGUUUGCGACAUCCUUCACCGGGCGCUGGAAGCCGAACGCGACAACUACAAUCCCUCCGAACUCGUAAACGACGAGUUGAUCAACUACCUCGCCGCCUUUGCAGACGGUGAUGCACGCACGGCCCUCAACCUCCUCGAGUUGGCGAUGGACAUCUCUCGCCGACCCAACAUGACUCUAGAAGAUCUAAAACAAUCGCUCACAAAGACUCUUGUCUAUGACCGAGCCGGCGACCAACACUACGACACCAUAUCCGCAUUCCACAAAUCGGUGCGCGGAUCCGACCCUAACGCGGCAUUGUACUAUCUUGCACGCAUGCUCCAGUCAGGGGAGGAUCCGCUGUACAUUGCGCGGCGGAUGAUUGUGAUCGCAAGCGAGGACGUCGGCCUGGCGGACAAUUCGCUGCUCCCGCUCGCAACUGCGGCAUAUACAGCUUGUGAGAAAAUCGGUAUGCCUGAGGCGAGAAUCAACCUUGCUCACGUCACUGUGGCGUUGUGUCUGGCACCCAAAUCCACCAGGGCGUACAGGGCGCUUGCGAAUGCAAUGCAUGCUCUUGAAGAGCCCGGGAUUGCAGGCCUACCAGUCCCGAUUCACCUGAGAAAUGCGCCCACGCGGUUGAUGAAAGAGUUGGGGUACGGCAAGGAGUACAAAUACAACCCGGAUUAUGUGGAUGGGAAGGUCAAGCAGGAGUAUUUGCCUGACAGGUUGAAGGGCAGAGAGUUUCUCGAGGACAGAGACUUGGGGGAGAAUAUCGACAAGGACUUAAUCGAGGAGGGAAUUACAGGCAAAAUCGCCAAUGGGGUGAAUGGUAAUGGUUGA